GGUAUUAAUUUAAUAAUACUUGAUGUUGUUUUUUUACAAAUGAAAUACUAAAAAAAAUCCUAAACAACUUAUUGACCAACUUUCAAAAAAGAGUAUCUUUAACGAUAAGUAUAUAUGUGAUAGAUAAUGAUAAUUAUACAGUAUGUAUUAAAGACAUUCUUGAAGAUCGUAUCUAAAUAAAAAUUUAUAAAAUAUCUCAUGAAAUUUCCUUUUCCUCCUUAAAAAGAAACUAAAAGACAAAUCGAUAUUUUAGUCGCAUUUGUUCCUUGACAACUGUUAACACAACAGAAUGUUGCUAUGCAAAAGUAAAAGCAUGUUCGUCAACGGUACACUCUGUAGCAUCAAAAUAAACAAUUACGUGUAUGUGUAUUUAUUAAUAAAAAAAAAUUAUCAAUAAAUGGUAAUAUGAACGAUCGUGAAAGAAAUCGAUUUUUGAAAAAACAACGAAGACUCAGGAAUAAAUGGUCCUCAGAAGAGGAUACUGACGAUAAGAAGAUAGAAUCGAAUCAAUUGAAAAAUGAAAGAAGAAAUAACGUACUCGAGUUGGAGGAUCCUUCAAAGGAUCAAUUGGAAAUAUCAGAGGAAGAAAUAAAAGAAUCUCGUCAAAGUGUAUCCGGUAGAAGAAAGAAGAGAAGAGCCUUGAAACGAGAUCAAACUUUAGAAAUCACUUCUUCCGCUGAGACUGAAACAGACGACGUUAAUAAAGUUAAGAAAGUCUUUGAGAAAGAUGAAAUCCUUUCUUCAAGUAUGAGUACGAGUAAUCGUGUUCGUUCUUCAACAAGCAAUCGUUCACGUAACAAGUCAAGGAAACGUAAGAAGAAGGAUGAUGAUCAAACGAAUAAUAUUGAAAUACCUAUCACAGAUAUUUUAAGAAAAUACGAAGAACCCGUGCCUCCCACUCCACUGACUGCAGAUAAGAUCUACGUUCAAGGUGACAAUGGUUUUAGCACGAUUAAAAUUAUUACAAAGGAUGACGAUCGUAAAAAUAUCUUCAAACUUUCCUACGUCGCGAAAUACGAAACGAUUUAUUCACCAAUCGGCAUAGCCAUAUUAGCUCAGAAAUUCUUCAAACGUGUUGCGUUUAUUUAUCAAGGUAUCUUAGGUGGAAUGGCUAUGAUACAUCUCCUAAUGAUGCAAUUUUUUUUUAAUUCUUCCAUGGAUUUUAUCUCAAAGUAUUCACGAUUUUCCGAGAUUUACAGUAGUUUAUUUUCUCUACUGAUCAUUCUUUGCGUCAUCUCGACGUUCGACAAGUUUGAUCUAGCGCAUUUAAAUGUCSAUCGAUCGAGAGACAUCUGUAAAGAUUACCUUGGUUCCGUUAUUGCAAUUCCAUUGUAUUUAACGACCUUAUGUUUACACGAAACAUAUGCAAAUGUGGAUGACAAAUUAACGUUGAUUCAUUAUCGCGAAAAUUUUAAUAAUACCUCCUCGUGGAACAACACGAUGUCUAAUGAAGAAAUUUUGGACGAAUUAACAACAAAUUGGAAACGAAUAAACAUGUCGAAAGAUUUUCUUGCACUUUUAGGAUGGUUCUUUGUGACAAUUGGAAUAAAAGAGGAUGCAUUGCUAUUACAUCUUGAAUCGAUGCAACGAUCUAUACAAACGACGUAACAACAUUUUUUUUCAUUAAAAAAUAAAAAAUCACAUUUUUUGUUUAACAAUAUUUUUUAGUCGCAGAAAAUUUGCAGCAAUUUUCGUAUUUAUUCGUAACAGAAUAUAGAGCGUUUGAUAUGUACAAUAUGUAUAAAGUUGAUCUAAUGCUUAACAUUUAAAAGAUCAUCUUAAAUAUAUUUAUAAGAUAAUUAUAAUAAUUAUUGUAUAUAACUUUGUUAUCUCUUUAUUUUUUUUUU